GCUGGAGGAUCAAACGAAGCUGAAGGCAGAGUAGAGGUACUACAUGACGGAUCUUGGGGUACUAUAUGUGAUGAAUGGUGGGAUCUUAGAGACGCCAGGGUGGUUUGCAGGAUGCUUGGAUUUGAUGGAGCCUUGGAGGCCCCGAGAUCUGCGAGGUUUGGUCAAGGCUCCGGUCGCGUUCUGCUGAAGUAUGUCAACUGUGAAGGAACAGAAGACAACCUAGCAGACUGUGCUCAUGCAGGGAUUGGACUAUACUCAUGUAGUCAUGCAAGAGAUGCAGGAACCAUUUGUUAUUCUGGAGCAAACCCAAACCCAUUCGAAGUUCGCCUUGACGGUGGUGCAAUCGAUGCUGAAGGCAGAGUAGAGGUCAUGAAUGGCGGAUCCUGGGGUACUAUCUGUGAUUAUUGGUGGGAUCUUAGAGACGCCAUGGUGGUUUGUAGAAUGCUUGGAUUUGAUGGAGCUUUAGAGGCACCGAGAUCUGCGAGGUUUGGCCAAGGUUCUGGUCGCGUUCUGCUGAAGUAUGUCGACUGCAAAGGAACUGAAGACAACCUAGCAGACUGUGCUCAUCCAGGGAUUGGUCGUUACUCGUGUAGUCAUGCAAAUGAUGCAGGGGCCGUUUGUUAUUCUGGAGUGCGCUAG